CCUGGCUUCGCGCCUGCAGCUGUCGCAGUCUUUUUAGAUUAAUCGGUCCCAUCUCCCGUCCUCCUAAUUCGGCCCUGGCCUUACUCGUAUCUCAACAGAGGACCGCGGACUUCACUUCCGCCACCACCCCUACUUCCGGAAUCUCCGGAAGCGGCCCGUUGCCACGGCAACUGUGUACACAGCCCGGCAGCAGAGCUUGCCGGGUUUCUGUAGCUGCUAAUGCAGUGGUCGGGCUGCGGAAGGGCUCCAGCCUCCGGAGCGCUAGAAUGGGUACUAGGAAAAAAGUUCAUGCGUUUGUCCGUGUCAAACCUACUGAUGACUUUGCUCAUGAAAUGAUCAAAUAUGGAGAUGACAACAAAACCAUUGAUAUUCACUUAAAAAAAGAUACUCGGAGAGGAGUUGUCAAUAACCAGCAGACAGACUGGUCAUUCAAGCUGGAUGGAGUUCUCCAUGAUGCCUCCCAGGACUUGGUUUAUGAGACAGUCGCAAAAGAUGUGGUUUCUCAAGCCCUCAAUGGCUAUAAUGGCACCAUCAUGUGUUAUGGGCAGACGGGAGCUGGCAAGACGUACACCAUGACGGGGGCAACUGAGAAUUACAAGCACCGGGGGAUCCUCCCUCGUGCCCUACAACAGGUUUUUAGGAUGAUCGAAGAACGCCCCACACAGGCCAUCACUGUGCGUGUUUCCUACCUGGAAAUCUAUAAUGAGAGCCUGUUUGAUCUCCUGUCCACUCUGCCUUACGUUGAACCCUCGGUCACACCUAUGACCAUCGUGGAAAGUCCUCAGGGGGUCUUCAUUAAGGGCUUGUCGGUCCACCUCACAAGUCAGGAGGAGGAUGCGUUCAGCCUCCUUUUUGAGGGAGAGACCAACAGGAUUAUAGCCUCCCACACAAUGAACAAGAACUCAUCUAGGUCACACUGCAUUUUCACAAUCUAUGUGGAGGCCCAUUCGCGGACCUUAUCAGACGAAAAGUACAUCGCUUCCAAAAUUAACUUGGUGGAUCUAGCAGGCUCGGAGAGGCUGGGGAAGUCUGGGUCUGAGGGCCGAGUCCUGAAGGAAGCCACCUACAUCAACAAGUCGCUGUCAUUCCUGGAGCAGGCCAUCAUUGCCCUCGGGGACCAGAAGCGAGACCACAUCCCCUUCCGGCAGUGCAAGCUCACCCACGCCCUGAAGGAUUCCUUAGGCGCCACCUCCAUAUACCAUCACACUGAGGGGGGAAAUUGCAAUAUGGUCCUUGUGACAAACAUCUAUGGAGAAGCCGCCCAGUUAGAAGAGACGCUGUCUUCACUGCGGUUUGCCAGCAGGAUGAAGCUGGUCACCACUGAGCCUGCCAUCAAUGAAAAGUAUGACGCUGAGCGGAUGGUCAAGAACCUGGAGAAGGAGCUCGCACUGCUCAAGCAGGAACUAGCCAUCCAUGACAGCCUGGCCAACCGUACCCUUGUGAACUAUGACCCCAUGGAUGAAAUUCAGAUUGCCGAGAUCAACUCCCAGGUGCGGAGGUACCUGGAGGGAACGCUGGAUGAGAUUGACAUAAUCAACCUCAGACAGAUCCAGGAGGUGUUCAACCAGUUCCGGGUGGUUCUGAGCCAACAGGAACAGGAAGUGGAGUCCACUUUGCGCAGGAAGUACACCCUCAUAGACAAGAAUGACUUCGCAGCCAUCUCUGCUGUCCAGAAGGCAGGGCUCGUGGAUGUUGACGGCCACCUAGUGGGCGAGCCUGACGGACAAGGCUUCGGACUCGGAGUUGCCCCUUCCUCUACCAGACCCGGGAAGAAAUCCAAGUCCAAGAAGAUGUUCAAAGAGCAGCUCAGCUCCUUGGCAAGAAAGGAGGGUGCCAGCAGCCCUGUGAGUGGCAAGGACUUGGAUGCUUCCACCUCCAAGACCCAGUUGACCCCAUCCUCCAAGGAUGGAGAUGUCAAAGACAUGCUUCUGCAGGACCGGGAGACCUCCAGUAUUGAGCCCCUUGCCUCGGAAUCCCCAAAGGAGGAAUUACACCCACCCAGGCCCAGCACCCCACCCGCCAAGCCUGUGGCCUUUGAGGACUUUAAGAACGAACGGGGUAGUGAGAUCAACCGCAUCUUCAAAGAAAACAAAUCCAUUUUGAACGAGCGGAGGAAAAGGGCCAGCGAGACCACACAGCGCAUCAAUGCCAUCAAGCGGGAGAUCGACAUGACCAAGGAGGCACUAAAUUUCCAGAAGUCACUACGAGAGAAGCAAGGCGAGUAUGAGAACAAGGGGCUGAUGAUCAUUGAUGAGGAGGAAUUCCUGCUGAUCUUGAAGCUUAAAGACCUCAAGAAGCAGUACCGGACAGAGUAUCAGGACCUACAGGACCUCAGGGCUGAGAUCCAGUACUGCCAGCACCUGGUGGAUCAGUGUCGACAUCGCCUGCUCACGGAAUUUGACAUCUGGUACAAUGAGUCCUUCUUUGUCCCUGAGGACCUGCAGGCGGCACUGAAGCCAGGUGGCAGCAUCCGGCCAGGCAUGAUGCCUCUCAGCAGGAUUGUGUCUCUGGGAGAAGAUGACCAGGACAGGUUCAGCCGGCUGCAGCAGAUGAUGCUGCCAGAGGGCCCUGAUUCUGUCUCCUUCUACAAUGCCAAAGUCAAGACAGAACAGAAGCACAAUUAUUUGAAAACCAUGAUGGGCCUCCAGCAGACACAUAGAAAAUAGGGACUCACUGCCAGUGCGUUGAAGGACGAAACCCCCAGCUACUCCUGCCUGCUCUAGAGGCACUGCCAAAGCACCUGCCCAGACUCCAAUCCCUCUGCUCCAAGGCUGGGCGCAGCCCAGAGAACACACAAUGGCCUACCUGCCAGGAGGAACAGCCUUCAAAGGACACCUUUGAAUAUCUUCACAGAACACUUUUGGUUUCGAUUCACUGUCUUAUAUGCAGGGACAGGAUAAAAUAACUUUCUAGGUCAACUUUCGGUGCUCAUCCAAGAACUUUAUUUUAUUUCCUAUCUGGGAGGAUGUCUUCCCUAUGUACAGGUGGGGUCCUAACUGAGUCUCCAGUAAGAAAGUGAAGAAGUAGCUCAGCCAGUCUCCCCCUGGCAGGCCUUUGUCCCACUGGUCAGCCUCUUUCCUUUCCUGGAUGGCCAUCCUGGGGAUGAGCUGGGUCCGAGGAGCCCUGGUUCUCAUGGGUGAGACUGUAGGUUCUCUCAGGGAAUCCUCUCUGUGUUCCUGAGCCAGUGAAGGCAGGAGGCGCUUCUUCCUAAGCAACCAGGAGAGGAUGGGGUGUAGGUGGAAAUGACUGAAAGGCAGAUUUUUACCUCAAAAUAAGAAGAGGCUUAAAAUGAGAUCAUUCCUACCAUGAAGUUAGCAGUGAGAACCCCAUGGUGGGAGGCUGUCUGGCACGGAGAUUGCAGAACCUGCACUAGCUGGAAGGUUGAACUAAAUGGCAUCUUUCCAAUCAAAGACCCUAUGGUUCUGUUCUUCAGGCCAUCAGUGAGCAGCCAGAUGAGGGUUUUGUUGAAGAAAGAAAGCUGAAGGCUUUUCUUAAGGUCUCUGCCCUCUCUCCUAUCCACCCCCUUUCUCUUUCACUGACUGGCAGAUACACAAUGGUCCUGAAACAGCUUUCAGAGACUCCUUCUAUGCCAAGGCUUCCCGGAGCAGCUUUGGAGUCCGCUGACUUCAUUCCCCUGGAUGAUACACGGGGGACUGUCACUGAUCAGCACUUAUGGUGUACACACAGCCUUGUUGGUCAGUCCUCAUGUUUCCUUUAAAUGUGGCCAAACAGGCAGAUAUGUCCAGGCUCUGCUCAUCAUCCCAAC